AUGUCACUUCAAUGUCCCGCUUUUAUUAAAUUUAAUAAUAAUACGAAUAAUGAUAAAGAUGAAUCAGGAUUAGUAAUUGAUGUUGUUGACAAUCCCGGACAAGAUGAUGCAGCAGGACAAGGAAAAAAUUUAUUGGAUAAGUCAUUACAUUCAGUCAGCCUGUUUAUUGUGGUAACAACAUUAACAGAUGUUAAUCAAAAACAUACUAUUGAAUUAUUUAACAAACUUUUAUAA